AUGUAUGUCUAUGAAUUUUAAAGAAAAGCAAGAGAAUAUCUCCUUGGUUAAAAAUUAUCUUUGAAAUCGAUUACCCAAAAAUAUAAUAAAGAAAAAUUAGAGUAAUAGCGAUCUUUCAAGCAAAUGUCAUCUAUACUAAAUUCUAAGACUGAGUCAUCUGUCAUUAUAACUGAUUCUUUGAUAACUGAGAUAAGAUAAUAGAAGAAAGAAAAGGCAUUUUUAAUCAGAAAAUCACCUGAUAAUUAUAAAAAUUAUUUAGAGAAAAAGAAAUAUAACUCAAUCUAUGCAAGAUAAAUAACACCUGUGAGAUAAAUGAGUAUAGCUGAAUAUGUUUAUCCUGAACCUAUUAGACAUGUAAGAAACAAAUAAGUAACUUAAACUUCAGCAUUCAAAAAUUUUGUUGCAUAAAAACACAUUAAAACUGAAGAUUCAGCCCAUUAAUAAUUAAUCACAGCGAGAAGCAAGAAACCAUUCUAAAGAUAUGUUAGUGAAUCUAGCAAGCAGCCUUAACCUAAAAAAAAUCUUAUAAAUCAAAAUAAAUAAAUGGAACAACUUAGAAAAUUAAGUGGAUGGAGUAUUAAUAGCAACGAAAGCAAAUUUUGA